GCGGCCGAAUUCGAGCAAAUAACAUUGCUGUUCAUUUAUCGUACGAUAGUCAUUCGCGAAUGAAAUGUCAUACGGUGCGCUGCGCAUCUGCAGAAAAAGUUUCCUUUGAAUAUAAUAAAAAAAAAUUCUCCGCAUUUCAGUACACGCUGUAUCAUCGUUCGGAGUUUUUCUUUUUUUACUUCUCCCUUUACGUUCUGCUUAAUUGUAAGCAGUGAAUUCACGAAACGACAGUGUGAUCGCGAGUCUAACCGAUUGUUUUUUUCUUCUAUUUACACUUUUGUGAAGAAAAAAAAACUGAUAUGAAAGUAGAAUUUCGUGAAAUAAAUUGAACUUCAUUUCAUUCGAUUUGAUUGACCUAGCAGAAAACAACACGUCAUGCUUGUGUGUAUAUACGUGCUGAAUCCGAGUUCAAAUUAGAAUUUUUAAAAAAUUCAUGAAUAAGUGUUAGAAAUGAAAUUGAGUUGAACACGAAGCAGCAAAACUAUUAAGCGAUUGGCUUCGACAUUGAACCGUUUGUGUUGUGUGUACAGUUUGAAUUGUGCAAUUAAUUUCUAGUUCUGAAACAAAGAAAUAGAAAAAAUAAAAUAAAAACGCGGGGUUAUAAAUCAACAACUAUAGAUUUAGCGAAAGAUUUUCAUAUUAACCUUAUGAUCCGAUGUGAAGUUAAUCAGUGCUUUGGAAUCUGAUUAGUUUUUUUUAUAUUGUAAUUAAGCGUAUAUAGUUCAAAAUUGCGUGAACCUAACAAAUAAGUGCAAAUAUAUAGGAAACACAGAGAAUAGCUUGUAGUCAUGGCACCAUCAUUAAGCACACUGAGACAAUACCAGAGCAGUUUAAUCUGCUUAUCAGGACUGUCAGCUGCGGCUUGGAUUAUCAUCUAUGGCAAAACAAAUAAAAAACAAAAACUUUCACGACCUGAGGAUCAAAUUCAAUACACAAUCGCGGAUAAAAAGGAUAAACGUGCCACAAAGGCACAUGUAAAUGCGGCCUUCUUUCGACAAUUGCGUGAACUUUUACGAAUCAUUAUCCCCGGACCAUGGAGCAAAGAAACAAUGCUCUUACUUCUGAUUGCCGCUUCUUUGGUGGCACGGUCGGCUAGUGAUAUUUGGAUGAUACAGAGUGUUACAAUCAUUGAAAGUACAAUCAUUCAAAUGGAUCGACGGAAAUUUCUGAACACAUUGUUAAAAUACUGCACUGCCUUACCAUUGAUUUCAGUGGUGAAUAAUGUGCUGCGAUGGAGUAUAGGCGAACUGAAAUUGAGUUUUCGGGUCAAUUUGUCGCGACACAUGUACAAUCACUAUCUAAAGGGUUUCACAUUCUACAAAAUGUCAAAUUUGGAUAAUCGAAUUUCGAACGCCGAUCAGCUGCUCACCAAUGACAUUGACAAAUUCUGUGAAAGUGUUACCGAUUUAUAUUCGAAUGCUAGCAAGCCCCUCCUUGAUAUCAUGAUUUACAUGUACCGCCUGACCACAACUAUUGGCGCAAAGACUCCAUCAAUUCUUCUGCUCUAUCUGUUCCUGUCCGGUGUGCUGUUAACACAUCUGAGAAAACCAACAGGACGGCUAACGGUACAAGAGCAAAAACUUGAGGGUGACUUUAGAUACGUGAAUUCACGAUUGAUUACCAACUCAGAAGAGAUUGCAUUCUACCAAGGGAACAACCGUGAGAAAUUGACCGUGUUGGCUAGUUUUUCGAAAUUAACACAACAUUUGCGGAAAUUCCUCGAGUUCAAAGUGGGCAUGGGAAUCGUGGAUAAUAUGAUUGCUAAAUAUAUUGCAUCGGCAGUUGGUUUCUAUACCAUUUCCAUUCCAUUCUUCACGAAAAAUCAUCCGCUGCUUGGCAAAAAUGAAGCACAACGACUCACCUACUACUACACAUAUGGUCGUAUGCUUUUGAAACUGGCUGAAGCGUUGGGCAGACUGGUUCUGGCUGGUCGUGAAUUAUCACGAUUGGCUGGAUUUACUGCCAGAAUGACGGAACUUACGCACGUUCUAAAGGAUUUGAAUAAUGGCAGAUAUCAGCGAUCGAUGGUGAGCAAUUCAAGUAGUGCGGACGCGGAUAUUGCCCCGUGCAAGGGAUUAAUUUCAUUCCAAGACAACAUUAUUAAAUUCGAAGCCGUACCGUUGGUUACACCAAACGGAGAUGUGUUGGUUCGUGAAUUGACAUUCGAAGUGAAAUCCGGGUGCAAUGUCCUAGUUUGUGGGCCGAAUGGUUGCGGAAAAUCUUCAUUGUUCCGAAUUCUUGGUGAAUUGUGGCCAUCUUGGGGUGGUAAAAUUACAAAACCUCCACGAGGCAAACUAUUCUACAUUCCACAGCGACCGUACAUGACAUUGGGCACACUCAGAGAUCAAAUCAUUUAUCCGCACACGCACGAAGAAAUGAAAAGGCGAGGACACACCGACAGCGAUUUGCAACGGUAUUUGGAAUUGGUGCAACUACCGUAUUUACAAGUACGUGAACGUGGGCUUGAUGCGGUUGAGGAUUGGAUUGACAUUUUGUCGGGCGGUGAAAAGCAACGUAUUGCAAUGGCACGAUUGUUCUAUCACAGUCCUCAGUUUGCUAUUCUUGACGAGUGUACCAGUGCUGUGUCCGUUGACGUUGAAGGCAGUAUGUAUCAAUAUUGUAAGAAAUCAGGCAUCACGCUGUUCACAGUGUCGCACCGGAAGUCACUCUGGAAAUACCACGAAUAUUAUUUACAAUUCGAUGGCCGAGGCAGUUACGAAUUUGCACGCAUUGACGAAUGCAAAGAAGAAUUUGGCUCAUAAAUGUGGUGAUGCAAAUAUUUAAUUUUAUUACAGAGAUGAAACGCUUUUUGUGUGUUACGAGUGAUGGCGUCGGGUAUAAUUUGUUUGUUUCUGCUGUUUUUUUUCUUUGAUUUUUCACACGAUGAAUUUUAAAAUAAAUUAUUUUUAUUCAUGAAAAAGAAA